UUUCUUACAAGUUUUCUCAUCGUUUACCACAACAUUCUCCAUCUGAAUCAUCUAGUCUAGUUCAAUAUUUAAAAUGGAUUCGAAAAAAUCAAUAAUCCUCAUCCUUGGCCUUAUGGCAAUGGUUCUUCUUUUCUCUUUAGAAGUGUCAGCUAGAGUCUUCACUGAGACUUCCUCUAAUAGCAAAAUGGAUAAUGUUGACAAGAUAAAUGGAAUGAAUAAAAACAGUUAUAUUAACCGAGGCUUCAGAGGUUAUCCGUAUAAUGGUGGUGGCUAUUAUCCGGGUAUUGGUGGUGGUUAUUAUGGUGGCUAUCCAGGUAAUGCUGGCGGUAAUAUUGGUGGUUAUUAUCCGGGUAUUGGUGGUGGCUACCCUGGUAAUUUAGGUGGUUAUUAUCCAGGUAUUGGUAGUGGAUACUAUGGUAUUGGUGGUUAUCGAGGUGGUUAUCCAAUGAAUGGUGGUAGCUACCUUGGUAUUGGUGGUGGCGCUGUUCCGGGUAUUAUUGGAGGUGUUGUUCCAGGUAAUGCUGGUGGAUACAAUGGUGGUGGUGUUGUUCCGGGUAUGGAUGGUGGUGUUGUUCCAGGUAUUGGUGGUGGUGUUCCGGGUGGUAUUAUGGGUAAUGUUCGGAGUUAUAUUGGUGGUUAUAUUAAUGGUCGCAUGAGUAAUGGUGAUCAAGCUGGUGGGAAAACUAAAGACAACACUCGUAACUAAUAGGCCAUAUAUAUCAUCGUUUAUGACACACUUUCUUCCUAAUAAAUUUCAUGAAUAAAUAAUGUUGUUUAUAGAUCAAGAGAGGAUAUGAAAUACAUCAACCUUUGUUGUUA